AUCAUUUCCACAUUCAUAUAACACACCUUAGCAGUGACACUAUCCCAGAUGGUAUAGCAAUUGGCAAGGCAUAUUUAUUAGAUGAUAUCAUAACUAACUUAGAAUUGUUUUCAGAUGAGUAUUAUCAAAAAACUAUAUUGACUUAUGUUAUUGGAGAAAAUGACUUAUUAUUUUCAAAGUUGAAUGAUGUUGGUGCAAGAGAUGUAUGUGGUAUGGGUGAUUAUGAGGUUUCAUCACAAAUUGGCGAUCUUAUGCACUCUCCUCAUUUCCAAAGCUUGGGACUUGGAAAUAAAGGCACGCCCCCUGAUGCACAGUCUUUUCCCAGUCCAUAUGGGAUGUGA